CCAUGAUCACCUCACACCCCAACACCACCAUUGCCAUCAAGGGCCAGGGCAAGGAGCUGAACUGCACGGCCCGCGGAGAGCGGCCCAUCAUCAUCCGCUGGGAGAAGGGGGACACCGUCAUCGACCCCGACCGCAACAUCCGCUAUGCCAUCAGCACCAAGGACAACGGCGAUGAGGUCAUCUCCACCCUCAAACUCAAGCCGGCCGAUCGUGGGGACUCUGUGUUCUUCUCCUGCCAUGCCAUCAACUCUUACGGAGAAGACAGGGGCCUCAUCCAGCUCACGGUCCAAGAGCCCCCGGACCCGCCGGAACUGGAGAUCCGAGAGGUGAAGGCGCGCAGCAUGAACCUGCGCUGGACUCAGCGGUUCGAUGGCAACAGCAUCAUCACCGGCUUUGAUAUCGAGUACAAGAACAAGUCUGAUUCCUGGGAUUUCAAGCAGUCAACCCGAAACAUCUCCCCGACCAUCAACCAGGCCAACAUUGUCGACCUCCAUCCUGCCUCAGUGUACAGCAUCCGCAUGUAUUCCUUCAACAAGAUUGGCCGUAGCGAGCCCAGCAAGGAGCUGACCAUCAGCACCGAGGAAGCAGCUCCUGACGGACCCCCCAUGGAUGUCACCUUGCAGCCCAUGACGUCCCAGAGCAUCCAGGUCACCUGGAAGGUACGCACGUGCCUCCACGUGUGUCUGUGUGUAUAUCUCAGUGCUGGAGAGGACGACUGGGGCACUGGAUGGGUUGACGUGACGGAUUCAUGUGAUUCCUUUGGUUGUAUUACAACCAAGCCUAUUAAAUUGCACAGCGCGGACAUUAAGGCUACAGUUAAGUGGCAAUUAAAUGGAACCGUAAUAGCCAGCCCCGCUCCCCUGACAUAAAUGCAACGACAAUAG